AUGGAGGAGGUGUUUGGUUACCACACCCAGCAUCUUCGGAGAGCCCUCUGCCUUAUUGCAUCCGUGCUGACUGGUGGGGUCCUUCAGCUGCUGUUCUACUGGAGGCCAGAGUGGAGGGUGUGGGCCAACUGCACCCCAUGCCCCUUACAAGAAGCAGACACCGUUUUGCUGAGGACAACAGAUGAAUUUCAAAGAUAUAUUAGAAAGAAGGUGCUCUGCCUCCACUUAUCUACCCUGAAGUUUCCUAUAAGCAAGAACCCAAAAGACCCUUUGGUGGCUGACCACCACUCUGUCAUAAACCAAGCAGUAAUGAAGCCGGAUUUAAAACUGCGAUGCAUCCAAGUGCAGAAAAUCAGGUAUGUUUGGGAUUACUUGGAGAAGCGCUUCCAGAAAGUUGGGUUGCUGGAAGACAGCAACUCCUGCUAUGACAUCCAUCAAACGUUUGGAUUGGGUCUGACCAGCGAAGAGCAAGAAGUCAGAAGAUUAGUGUGUGGGCCCAAUGCCAUUGAGGUUGAAAUCCAACCCAUAUGGAAGCUGCUUGUUAAACAGGUUUUAAAUCCAUUCUAUGUGUUCCAAGCCUUCACCCUAACUUUGUGGCUGUCUCAAGGUUACAUAGAGUUCUCUGUGGCUAUCAUCAUUUUGACCAUUAUCUCCAUUGUCUUAAGUGUGUAUGAUUUGAGACAGCAAUCAGUGAAGCUGCACAACCUUGUGGAGGAUCACAACAAAGUCCAAGUUACAAUCCUUGUGAAAGACAAAGGUUUGCAGGAGCUGGAAUCUCGCCUCUUGGUUCCCGGAGAUAUUCUUAUUCUUCCAGGAAAAUUAUCAUUGCCUUGUGAUGCUGUUUUGAUCGAUGGGAGCUGUGUGGUGAACGAGGGCAUGCUCACAGGAGAAAGUAUACCUGUCACAAAGACACCACUGCCCGGAACGGAGAACACCAUGCCUUGGAAAUGCCACAGCUUGGAGGACUAUCGGAAACACGUGCUCUUCUGUGGGACAGAAGUUAUCCAGGUCAAGCCUUCUGGGCAGGGACCCAUAAGAGCAGUCGUUUUGCAGACAGGUUACAAUACAGCAAAAGGGGAUUUGGUGAGAUCCAUCCUCUACCCCCGGCCUCUGAACUUCAAACUAUACAGCGAUGCCUUCAAGUUCCUUGUGUUCCUGGCCUGUCUUGGGGUUGUAGGAUUUUUCUAUGCCCUAGGAAUAUAUAUGUACCAUGAAAUCCCCCCAAGAGACACCGCCACCAUGGCCCUGAUCCUCCUCACGGUGACUGUCCCUCCCAUGCUGCCCGCUGCCCUGACCAUAGGCAUUGUGUAUGCCCAGAAGAGACUGAAGAAAAAGAAAAUCUUCUGUAUCUCUCCACAGAGAAUCAACAUGUGUGGGCAAAUAAACCUCGUGUGCUUUGACAAAACAGGCACUCUUACGGAAGAUGGGCUGGACCUCUGGGGGACUGUUCCUACUGCCAACAACUGUUUUCAGAAAGUCCACAGCUUUGCCUCUGGCAAGGCUUUGCCAUGGGGACCUCUGUGUGCAGCCAUGGCCAGCUGCCACUCUCUGAUACUUCUUGAUGGGACCAUCCAGGGAGACCCUCUGGACCUCAAAAUGUUUGAAAGCACGGCCUGGAAAAUGGAAGAUUGUAAUGUGAACGCCUACAAAUUUGGCAUGUCAGACUCAAACACAAUAAUAAAACCAGGACCAGAAGCCAGCCAGAGUCCUGUAGAAGCCAUUGCCAUCUUGCGCCAGUUUCCGUUUUCAUCAAGCCUGCAGAGGAUGUCUGUGAUUGCUCAGCUGGCCGGGGAGCAUCACUUCCAUGCCUACAUGAAGGGUGCCCCAGAGAUGGUGGCUAGGUUCUGCAGACCCGAAACAGUGCCCAAGAAUUUCCCACAGGAGCUGAGGAAUUACACAGUGCAAGGCUUCCGUGUCAUUGCCCUGGCUCACAAAGUUCUGAAGAUGAGGAAGCUCUCAGAUGUGCAGCGUUUAGCAAGGGAGAAAGUGGAAUCUGAGUUAACAUUUCUGGGACUUCUCAUCAUGGAGAAUCGCUUGAAAAAGGAAACCAAACCAGUCUUGAAGGAGCUGAGUGAAGCCCGCAUCAGGACCGUGAUGAUCACAGGUGAUAAUCUUCAAACAGCCAUUACUGUUGCAAAGAAUUCUGAAAUGAUUCCUCCAAGCAGCCGGGUAAUCAUUGUUGAAGCCAGUGAACCAGAAGAGCAUAUUCCUGCUUCCGUGACCUGGCAACUCAUGGAGAACCAAGAGAUGGGAUCUGGGAAGAAAGAAGCUUAUGUUAAUAUUGGAAACAGUUCCGGGCCUGAUGGGGAAACAGGGAGCAGUUACCAUUUUGCAAUGAGUGGGAAAUCAUACCAAGUGAUAUUUCAGCAUUUCAACAGCUUGCUUCCAAAAAUUCUGGUGAAUGGAACCGUUUUUGCAAGAAUGUCUCCUGGGCAGAAAUCAAGCCUUAUUGAAGAAUUUCAGAAAUUAAAUUAUUAUGUGGGCAUGUGCGGAGACGGAGCCAACGACUGUGGAGCUUUGAAAAUGGCUCAUGCAGGCAUCUCGCUGUCAGAGCAGGAAGCAUCAGUGGCCUCCCCCUUCACCUCGAAGAUAGCCAACAUUGAGUGUGUGCCUCAUCUCAUCAGAGAAGGCCGAGCUGCUCUGGUUUCAUCCUUUGGAGUAUUUAAAUACUUGGUCAUGUAUGGCAUAAUCCAGUUUAUUGGAACAUUGCUGCUCUAUUGGCAGCUACAGAUCUUUGGGAAUUACCAGUAUCUCCUGCAGGAUGUAGCCAUUACUUUGAUGGUCUGUUUAACAAUGAGUUCAACACAUGCCUACCCAAAGCUGGCUCCAUUUCGACCAGCCGGACAGCUCCUCUCUCCGCCUUUGCUGCUCUCGGUCUUCUUGCAUUCCUGUUUCACCUGCAUUGUGCAGGUCUGUGCAUUUCUCUAUGUGAAGCAACAACCCUGGUAUUGUGAGGUCUACCGAGACGCUGAGUGCUUCCUGGCCAACCCAAGUAAUUUCUCAUCCAAUGUGAGUUUGGAAAGAAACUGGACUAGAAAUGCAACUCUGAUUCCUGGUUCAAUUUUAAGUUUUGAGACUACCACACUGUGGCCCAUUGUCACCUUCAACUGCAUCACAGUAGCAUUCAUCUUUUCUAAGGGAAAACCAUUUCGAAAACCUAUCUACACAAACUAUAUAUUUUCAUUUUUGCUGAUAUCUGCCUCGGGCCUCACGAUCUUCAUUCUGUUUUCUGAUUUUCAAGAUAUAUACCAGGGAAUGGAGUUUAUCCCAACCAUAACAUCAUGGAGAGUUUCGAUUUUGGUAGCAGCCCUUACCCAGUUCUGUGUUGCCUUCUUUGUAGAGGAUGCCAUCCUUCAGAAUCGAGCGUUCUGGCUGUUGAUCAAGAAAGUAUUUGGAUUCUACUCUAAAAGUCAAUAUAGGACCUGGCAAAAAAAGCUGGCAGAAGACUCUACCUGGCCCCCCAUAAAUAGGACGGACUAUGCAAGUGAUGGUAAAAAUGGAUUCUACAUCAACAAAGGCUAUGAAAACCAUGAACUGGUCCCAAAAGAAAAACUCAAAUCAGGGGACCAAAUCAAAGAACAGCAUUUUUGGACCAGACUCUAA